AAACCGGAAAUGCGCUAGGGCACCUUGACUAAGAAGUACGAUCAUAACAUCAUGAGUGCCCUUCUGAGACGUCUAGUGGUUCCUACCAACAAAUUGACUUAUUCACGAUUGCUCGUAGCUCAUUACUCUGCAAAAACUGGUUCAAAAGAAUUUAUUGAAGCCGUCGUAAAAGACAAACCUGUUGUCGUUUUCAUGAAAGGCACUCCUGCGAUUCCUCGAUGCGGCUUCAGCAAUGCUGUUGUACAGAUUUUACAUGCUCACGGUGUACAACACUACGACGCUCACAAUGUACUGGCUGACGAAGACAUGAGACAAGGUGUGAAAGAUUACACAGAGUGGCCAACAAUUCCACAGGUUUUCUUUGGAGGAGAAUUUAUCGGUGGCUGCGACAUUUUAUUUGAAAUGCACAAAAGCGGAGAACUGGUCAAAGAACUUAAAAAAGUGGGAAUAGAAUCAAUGCUAGUCCACAACGACACAGAGGAAGGGGACACUAAAGAGUCGUGACUUUUACUACGGUUUUAAUUAAGCAAAUUUUGAGGAUCAAAACGAAAUUGUACAUAACCCAAGGAUUCAGAAUGUCUCAUACUUUGCAAUGUAAUACAGGUAUAUAUUCUGUGUGAUUUAUUUGGCUUCAAACUAUGUAAUUGUAAAACAAACAUUUUGGUUAAAAACCAAAAAGGAAUAAUAUCACUCAUCGCUCCUGUUUCCUCUGCUGAUAAUUUUAUUUUGACAUUGAGAAAAUACUGAGAAAUCCUAAUGCAAAUACACGGUAUGUUAAAAUUAAAAAAUGUAGAUAGUACAUAUUUCAAGCAGAUAAUUAAUCUUUUUGUUUACUUAUUGUAAGUAACUUGUAUUUCACAUACAAAUCUGACUUAUGUUAGUUAUUAUUGUGUAAUAAAGUUAACAGUCUUUACCUGGCAUACAUUCAAUUAUUCAUUGUAUAUAAUAAACAUUUAAUUUUUGAAAUUAAUAAAAAAAAUAUAGUUUGAAAGGAACAUAUACAUGUAUAAAGCAAUUUCCAGACUCAAAUUUUAUUUCAUAUACACUCUGUUGAGUGUUCUGUUUAUGUAGUAUUAAAAUCAUAAAAGU